AGCCUGGAGAGAGGGAUGCGCGCGUUGCGAGCGCGCUGGGGUGGCGGAGCAGUAGCCCGCGCGGUAGAGGGCGAGUGCAGAGCGCGCCGGCUGGGGAGUGCGCAGAGUCCCGAGAGUGCCACGCUGCCCCUAGAGUUCUGGCCUGUGGUCGUGCAGUCCAGGGGGCUGGAUGGCAUGCUGGACCCAGGCUCACCUCAGUGUCUGGGCCCAAUAAAGGCUUUGCCAACGACGCAGCUUUCUAUCCUGGCCAUUCUGAGGUGCAUAGCGUAAUGUCCAUGUUGUUCUACACUCUGAUCACAGCUUUUUUGAUCGGCGUACAGGCAGAACCAUACACAGAUAGCAAUGUCCCAGAAGGAGACUCCGUCCCUCAAGCCCACUGGACUAAACUACAGCAUUCCCUUGACACAGCCCUCCGCAGAGCCCGCAGCGCCCCUGCGGCACCAAUAGCCGCCCGCGUGGCAGGGCAGACCCGCAACAUCACUGUGGACCCCAGACUGUUUAAGAAGCGGAGGCUCCGCUCGCCCCGUGUGCUGUUUAGCACCCAGCCCCCACCCACCUCUUCGGACACUCUGGAUCUGGACUUCCAGGCCCAUGGUACAAUCUCCUUCAACAGGACUCACAGGAGCAAGCGCUCAUCCACCCACCCCGUCUUCCACAUGGGGGAGUUCUCCGUGUGUGACAGUGUCAGUGUGUGGGUUGGGGAUAAGACCACAGCCACGGACAUCAAGGGCAAGGAGGUGACGGUGUUGGGCGAGGUGAACAUUAACAACAGUGUAUUCAAACAGUACUUUUUUGAGACCAAGUGCCGAGCCCCCAACCCCGUUGAGAGUGGAUGCCGGGGCAUUGACUCCAAGCACUGGAACUCAUACUGCACCACAACCCACACCUUUGUCAAGGCCUUGACGACAGACGACAAGCAGGCUGCCUGGAGGUUCAUCCGGAUAGACACAGCCUGUGUGUGUGUGCUCAGCAGGAAGGCUGCAAGAAGAGGCUGACCUGCCUGCCGGCAGCCCACUUCCCCACCUGCCCCCUCCACACUCUCCUGGGCCCCUCCCUACCUCAGCCUGUAAAUUAUUUUAAAUUAUAAGGACUGCAUGGUAAUUUAUCGUUUAUACAAUUUUAAAAGUCAUUAUUUAUUAAAUUUUCAAAGCAUCCUGUGUA